AUGCGUCCAUUCGUCCCCAGCCCAGCGCUCACGGUCCAGCCAUCCAGGGGACUCGUUGAUGAAAAGUUGCAGGUUGUGGUGAAGAACUUGCCGCCCAGGCAAGAAGUUACCCUGCAUUCCCUCCACCAGUCUGAGAGCAGUGAUUUCUGGGAAGCUUUUGGGCAUUAUGUCAGCGAUGGGAAAGGAACUGUUACAGUGGCGGAGGAUGCGAGCGUGGGAGGCUCGUACCAGGGCACGGAGUCCAUGGGGCUGCUAUGGAGCAUGAAGCCGGUACCAGGGAGUCGAACAGGACUCAGGUUACGGAAGAUGAAUGUUUGCACUCCUAUGGUGGUGCAGAUCUCUGUGUACAGAGGCCACAUCAGCCAUGGGUUUAGGGAGACGCCGGCCUUAGCGUGUGCUGUUGCCGAGCGCUGGUACAUGGCCCCUGGCGUGUGCAGGGUUGAUGUCCGAGAAAAGGGGGUCAGAGGGACGCUUUUCCUGCCACCAGGUCCUGGGCCCUUCCCUGGAGUGCUGGACCUGUGGGGAGGGGGAGGAGGGCUGGUGGAGUAUCGCUCUGCUCUCCUGGCAUCACAUGGAUACAUUUCCAUGGCGCUGGAGUACAUGACACAUAUUAUGGGAAACUCUUCUGGAAACAAUCAGCUGGACCACCAGUACUUUAAUACUGCGUUUGCCAUCCUGAGAGACCACCCCCAGGUGUGCAGUGACCGGUUGGCCAUGCUCGGCCUGUCACUGGGCACCACUGUCGCCCUGACGAUGGCUGUAUACUCCUCCCUGAUCAAGCCCAGGUGCCUGGUGUGUGUCAGUGGAAGCCAUGUCCUCCCUGUGGAGGAGCCUCUGUCCAUGUUUUUUAAAGAGAUGAACAAAAAUGGACACAAAGCUCAGUUUGAUGAGGAAAACCGAGUGAUCUCGCGACAUCUCCUUUUACCCAUACCUUCCGACCCCAAAAAAAAAGUUAACGUGGGGAAGAUCCGAUGUCCUCUGCUGUUGAUCGUGGGAGAAGAUGAUCAGAACUGGCCAACAUCCGAGUCAGCCGAGGAUAUGGAGAAGAUGAUGAAGGAAGCUGGGAACCGUCACCUGCUGACCACUCUGUCGUACCCCGGGGCGGGUCACCUGAUUGAGCCACCCUACACCCCACACUUUCGCUCCAGUAACUUCAUGGUAGCACAGACAAGGGAGAAAGUGGUUGUGCUGUGGGGGGGUGAGACCAAGGCGCACUCUUAUGCACAGGAACACUCCUGGCAGAGGACCCUGGCCUUCCUGCAGCAGCAUCUGUACUCCAGAGGAGACAAAUCGGAUCGCUCCAAUCUGUGAUGUGCAGAGCAGUGAAACGUGGGCCAGCCUGGAACAGCUCCAUGACGACCCUGAGCGAGAAUCUU